AAUCCCACUGGAAACAUGUCGUCUAUUUUUACCUCCUCUGCCAGCUCUGCUCUCUCCCUGUCGGUCUCUCUCUCUCCCCCUGUCUCUCUGUCAGUCGUGGCUUCAGUGGCAGCAACACAGACUCAGCUCUACAGAAACUCUGUGUCAGAUAAAGCAGUGACAUGGACUCAGCUGAACCUGCAGGAUUGUUCUCAUAAACAAGAACAGGAGGAAAAGUUCUCUGGAGACUUUGACUUCAAUGACGGCCGGUGACCCUGAGGACACAGGGACAUGUGAGCGGAGGACAGGUGGACAGAGAGGAGAAGGAGAAGACAACAUGAAGUGUCCUCCGUCUUUCACCACCAUCAGCACAAUUGCCAUCCAGGCCGGCCAAUCACAGCUGGUCGUCUCUGUCCUCCAGAGCGGCUCUCUUGUCCACCUCCAGCUGGUCCAGGUCCAGCCCAGUCUAUGUGAGGUGGGAUCAGACCAGGAGGAGAACCGGACCCUGAUCCAGGAGUUGCAGCAGCUGAAGGACAAACUGGAGAAACAUGAGAGGGAGGUGCUGGCGGCGGUGGAAAAUGGCCGACAGACGGAGCAGAGGCGGAGGAAGGAGAAGCAGGCGCAGGAGGUGCACAAGGCCAUGGAAGCUUCUGUGAGUGAGGGAUGGUCUCUGCUCCUCCGUCUGCUCCACAGACGACAGGAAGUCCUCCUGCUGGCGUCAGACUUUUACUGCAGAGCCCUGGAGUUUGUGGUCAGCAUGGACAGGGCAGAGAAGCUUCACAUCAGCACAGACUCUCACAGACUCACCUGCGCCACCAUGAGGAGAGGUCUUCUGGAUAAGUCCCUGACAGUUCUGAGCAGCAGCAGUGUUCUGCUGCAGAAGCUGCGGCUGCUGCAGAGGGCAGAGGCCCUCCACAGGAGAGGGACGGUACUGCAGGAUGACGACUGGGAACAUGAACACCAGAGUUCCCAGGGCAGCUGGGGGGCGGUGCUAAAGCUGGAGGAGCUGCUGGAGACUCUGCAGGACCGGAGGAGGACGGUGGACCAGGCUCUCAGACUGAAGCUCCAACAGCUGGAGAACCAGGUCUUGAAGAAAGACCACAAGUCCAGACCUGAGGUCUGGACCCCCAUCCUGGACCAGAACCUGCCACCUGAGUCCACAUCUUUCAAAAGUGCUGACCUGCAGUCAGAUUCCAAAACAGAAAAACCUAGGGACCUUGAAUCUGGAUCCAGAGCAGAUGUGAGGCCUGGACCUAUCGUAGAGAAGACUACAGUGAAAAACCAUGUGAAGUCCGGAUCUAGAUCACAACAAACCAGAAUCCGGAAUCCUGAAUUCAGAACAGAGGAAAAUAACGACCUGAAUCCUGAAUCCAGAACAGAUGUUCCGUCUGGAUUGAAGGCAGAUCUGCAGCCUAAGUCUGGAUCUAGACUAGAGAACUUCAGAAACCUGCAGUCCAGAUUCAGAUUAGACGUGAAUUCAGAUUCCAAAUUAUUGCAGACCUGUGAUGGUCAGUCUGAAUCCAUUUCAGGUCUAAGGCCUGGUUCUAGGUCCCAGGAGAUCAGUUAUGUGCAGCCUGAGUCCUCAUCAGAUGUGAAAUCUAAAUCCAGAUCACAAGAGUCCAGAAACAUGCAGACAGAAUCCAGAUUGAACCAGAAACCUACAUCAUGGAAAGGCAAAGACCUGCAGUCUGAAUCCGGUUUAGAAGAGAGUUUGGAGCUCCAUUUAGGAUCCGAGUCAGACACAGACCCUGAAUCUAAGUCAGAUCUCGAUGAAACCAGUCCAUCUAGAUCCAUUUCAGCUCUGAUGCCUGGUUCCAGACCACAUGAGACCAGCUACGUGCAGCCUGAGUCCACAUCAGAUAUGAAAUCUGAAUCCAGAUCAGGAGAGUCCACAAACAUGCAUGCAGAAUCCAGAUUGGACCAGAUACCUACAUCAGAGAAAAACAAAGACCUGCAGUCUGAAUCCAGAUCACAGACCAAAGAGAUUCAUGUGCAGCCUGGAUCCAGAUCAGAGAGGAUCAGAAAGCUGCAAUCCAGAUUCAGAUUAAACCAGACAGCUGGUUUGAUGCCUGGUUUUAGACCACAUGAGACCAGUUACCCGAAGCCUGAGUCCACAUCAGAUAUGAAGUCUGAAUCUGGAACAGAGCAGUCCAGAAACAUGGAGCCAGAAUCUAGAUUAGAACAGAUGCCCAUACUGAGAACACAACAAACCACAUAUGUCGAGUCUGGGUCUAGACCACAGCAAAUCAGAAGCCUAGAGUCAGGAUCCAGUUCUGAUCCGAUACCCAGAUCGAUAUCUGAGAAAAACAAAGACCAAGAGUCUGAAUCCAGUUCAGAGGAGAUAGUGGAGAUCCUCUUUUGUGGUGAUCCACCUGAAUCCAGGUCAGAUACAAAGCCUGGAUCCGUAUCAGGAAAGAUCAGAAACCUGCUGUCUGGAUCCAGGUCAGACCUGCAGACUUCAGAGGAGUCCAGACCCAGGUCUGAGGGGACUAUGGAGUUACAGUUCAAGUCCAAAUUAGCAAAGAGCAAAGACCUGGCAUCUGAAACUGAUCUCAAGCCUGGAUCUGGAUCAGACAGAACCACCAGAUUACAGGUGCAGGAGACGUUUGAUGAAGGAAACCACGCCCACAAUGUCCUCCCGGCCAAUCAGCAGCAGCUGUUGUCUUCCUGUGAACUCCUCAUGGACAAGUCUGCUCGUCAUGACGUAGAGAAUCUGAAGCAGGUCCUGGAUCAGAUCGGAGCUCUGCCUAUAGAUGUAUCCUGCAGAACUGGUCCCUGCCUUCACAGUGAAUCCUGUAGACCGCUGUCCGUCCUGAAGACCCUGACCCAUCAGCUGAAGAGAUGUGGAACAGCACAACCUGCUGCUGCCUCCACUGGGUCACUGAGUCCUGAACUGGCUGCUCGAGUUGACGUGGUUCUGAAGGAGCUGCAGAGUCUGAACCUGAAGAUCAAGUCCAACCUGCAGCUGCUGCAGCCGUACGUCUCCUUCCUCAGGACGGUUCAGCAGGUGGAGGAGCAGAUGGAGGAACUGAGAGGGAGCUCCAGGAGGAGGUCAGGUGAAGAAGAGGAGAACAUCGAGUCUGCCAACAGUUCCUGGCCACCACUGAAGAAGAAGGAGGAGCAGGAGGAAAAGGAGCAGGUUGACAUCUGCUGGCAGGACAUGCUACAGAAGCUCCUCACUACUCAGGAACUGGGAAAAAACUAUGUCCAAACCAUCGUCAUGGUGCUGGGAUCAGGCUUGGACCUGCAGUCUCUGGUGUCCGUGGUCCAGCAGACGAUCGAGAAGCUCAGCAGAACCGAACAGGAAGUGAAGGAGCUGUGGAGUCAGCAGAGAGUCCAGAUCCAUCACCACCAGGGGGACAUGAAGUCUUACAGGAGGUUCCAGGACAGACUGCUCAAGAACCUGCAGGACUUGUCCUGUGUCUCUGAGCUGCUGGACUCAUGUACCUCAGUGGACCUGGAUUCAGACGUGCAGGCCUCCAGGUUGCUGGAGCGCUUCAAACUGGCCAGACCUCAUUUUACUCAACUGGACAUAGAGGUGGCUGACAUGAAGAAGAGCUGGAAGACUGUGAGAGGAGUCCAGCAACAUCUGCAGGUGAAGGAGGUGAAGGAGGUGAAGGAGGUGAAGGAGGAGGUGGAGGAUCUGGCCAAGCUGCUGAAGCUCCAUGAGAAGGUGAAGAGGAAGGUGGAGCAGAGUGAGUUGAUCCUGGAUCUGACGAGCAGCUUCCAUCUCACUGUCCAACAGCUGGAGGCGCUGUUAUACGCUAAGCCUCCAGCUGAGCUGAGUCGAGUCAGAGAAGAACGACAGCUGAUCCAGAGUCUGUUUGAGAAGCUUUCAACGCUGAAGACGCACAUUUGUGCUGCUGCUGCUGCACACACUGUGUCAGGUUUCAGUGUGGAGCAGCUGCAGCGCCGCCUUCUGUCUCUCGAGUCUCUCUGCGCGUCGUGGUUGAACAAAGCCGUUCGUCAUGAGGAGAUGCUCUGCCUUCUCAAUGAUGACAUCAUCCAGCUGCGUGACUCCUUUAAGGAGCUGAAGAAGAAGUUUAGCAACCUGAAGUUUAACUACCUGAAGAGGAACGACCGAGGCAGGAACCUGAAGGUCGCGAGGAACCAGCGGCAGCAGGUGGAGAUGUACGAGUACAAGCUGCAGGUUCUCAGGAAGCGACUGCAGGGUGUGAUAGCACGGCUGGGGUCAGAGGUCAAGGAGGGGGGCGUGGCCCGGGAGACGGAAAAUGCUUUGAAUCAGCUGGAGAGGCAGAUGGUGGAGUUUGAGCGAAGCGUCCGUGAACACCAGAAAACUCUGGACAUGAGCUGCAGACUGCAGGAAGCCAUGGAGGAGUAUCAGUUCUGGUGUGAGGACGCGAGUGCCACCAUCGCCCGCGUGAGCAAGUUUUCCUGCGAGUGUUGCAGCACAGACGCCGUGGCUGUUCUUCACCGACAGUUUGAGAAGUUUGUGUGGCCGACGGUUCCUCAGCAGGAGGAGAGGAUCGUGCAGAUCACAGAGCUCGCCGUCAGACUGCACGGUGGGUGGCAACAAACACAUGGAGCGGACUUUUAGCAGAUUUAGCUCCUA